GUUUUGGUGCUCAGAAAAAGCGGCGGAGUGAUCCCUCUUCACCCCGCCCCUCUCUGAAAUCGUUCCACUACGUCAGCUCGUCCCGUCCGCUCGGUGAAGAUGUCUGCGACGGGCUCAGGCGGCUGUGGACCCGGACCCGCCUCGGGCGCCGGCUCCGGGGCGUCCAACCCGCGAAAGUUCAGCGAGAAGAUAGCACUGCACACCCAGCGGCAGGCCGAGGAGACGGCCGCCUUCCAGGAGGUCAUGAUGGACAUCACUUCGACCAGGCUCCAGGCCCAGAAGCUCCGCCUUGCCAGGAGUCAGGGGCCGUACUAUGGCGGCUCAUUACCAAACGUGAACCAGAUCGGCAGGACCCCUCAGGACUUCCAGGGCUCCUUCCCGUCCACUCUGGAGUCCAGUCGGGCGACGCGGCAUCACGGGCUGGUGGAGCGAGUGCAGAGGGACCGCCGCUUCGUCUCGCCGGUCCGACCAUAUCGCAAAAUGGACAGCUCCCCGUACAGCCCCGCCUACCUGUCGCCGCCGCCCGACCCCAGCUGGAGAAGGAAUUGGUCUGGAAACUUCCCCGGGGAUAAAAGCCAGUUGUUUCGUCUCCCCACCACUGCACUCAACAGGACCAACUCCGACUCAGCGCUCCACACCAGCGUGAUGAAUCCGCCCUCCGGAGACCCGUUCAGCACCGGCGGACCAACGCUCGCCCUUCAGAAUGCCAGAAUCGGCGGUCAGAGCGACGGCGAGGGCAGAAGAAUGUUUCCGUAUCCUGUCCCUCCCAUCGAGGAGAACGUGUUGGACGAGGGGAAGCUGAUGAAACCCUGGGACACCAAGAAGCUGCCGUUGCUGUCAUCGCGGCCGAAGUCCUGCGAAGUUCCCGGCAUCAAUAUCUUCACUUCCCCGGAGCAGCCGUCCACACCGGCUCAUGGUGUCCCCUCAGCGCUGAACACCGGCGGCUCGCUGCCUGACCUCUCCAGCCUCCACUUCCCCUCGCCACUGCCCACGCCACUGGACCAGGACGAGCCGGGUUUCCCGGGGUCGUCCUCUUUGAGUGGUGGCAGCAGCACGGGGAACCUGGCCUCCACCCUCACCCAGCUGGGGAUCAACGCCGCCAACGCGCAGGGAGGAAACGGCAGCUUCCACCACCCACCAGGACUCCUGGCAUCGUUACAGAGCACGCUCAGUAACCCCUCCCUGCAGUCAUCACUAAGCAACCCCAACAUCCAGUCAUCGCUCAGCAGCCACUCCUUCUCCAACUCUCUUAGCUCCGCCUCCCUGCACUCGUCCCUCAGCAACCCCUCGCUGCAGUCAUCCCUGAGCUCCUCGCCAUCGCUGCCAUCCUCCCUCAGCAGCCAAUCGCUGCACUCGUCCCUCAGUAACUCCUCCCUCCAGUCUGCGUCCAGCGGUAACCCUGGUUACAGCAGCGGCGUGGGUGGCUCUGGCUCCUGCUCUUCCUCCUACUCGACACUUAUGAGCGGGCAGGGCCAGCCGCCGCCGCAGCUCAGCACGUCGCCGCGUCGCCGCGUCCAGCUGUCCCCACUCAUCCUGCCGCUGGGCGGCGACUCACGGCGGCAUCACUCCAAACAGUUCUCCCCGACCAUCUCGCCCACCCUGUCCUCCAUCACACAGGGUGUCCCGUUGGACACCAGCAAGCUUCCUCUGGAUCAGCGGCUGCCUCCGUACCCGCUCAGCCAGUCCCACCAGCACCAACCCGGCGCGCAGCAAACACCACUGCCCCAGCACCACCACCAGCCGCCGCUCCGCCUCCAGCAGCCGCGGCCCAGCAGCCAGCAGCAGCUCCACCUGCAGAACAUGCGGAACCAGCACCUGCAGCAGCACUUCGGAGCGCAGCAGAGGCCAAUGGGACCACAGACGAGCGCGGCGCCCCCCGUGAAGAGCGAGGGCGUGCCGGAGCAGUGCGUCCAGACCUCCUCGUCCUCGCUGUGCCACGCCAAACAGGAAGCGGAGCAGCAGAGAGCCGGCGGCUUCCAUCAGCACCAGCAGCACGCCGGCCUCCCCGCCGAUAUCUACAACGAUGCCUUGCUCAGCUCUCUGCUGGACGACCCCUACCUGAGCCUGCAGCUCACCGGCAGAUCUGAGCAUCAGUUCGCCACAGAGACCCAGGCCGACGUGCUGUCCCUGAACCACAGCGGUCUGAGCUGCAGCGCAGACAAGAACCAGUUUCCCUCCAACAGCCAGGGGGCGCUAGACCUGCAGGACCUCGGCAACCAGCAGCUCCUCAACAAUCAGAACCAGAACUUCAGCGGCGGUGACGGACGACAUAACGUGCCCAACAUCAUCCUCACAGGCGACUCUCCGACGGGCCUGUCCAAAGAGAUCGCCAGCGCGCUGUCCCACGUCCCCGGCUUCGAGAUGGACUCCUUCUCGCUCGACGACCAGCUCCGGAUGGACCCGCUGUCCCUGGACAUGCUGGAGGGCAACCUGAUGCUGGCCGACCCGGCCGUGGAGGACUCCUUCCGCUCCGACCGGCUCAAGUGACACCGCCGACGCUCCGGGAACGGCGCCCGCACCUGGAGCUUGAGAGGACUCCGCCCUCCCGUCGCUCCCCCACAGCUGGUCUGCAGAGUGAGCUUUUGAAGAAUGCACCUUCGUCGAUGAAGGAGCUGAGAUCUGUGUUGGGGGAGGGGUAAACUGAAGGAGGCGGAGCCUCACUGUCAAUGGCACUUAAACUGAAAAUGCUCUCGCUUGCUUGAAGUCAGAGACCUGCCGCAGCUUUCUGACCGCUCCCCGCCCACACCCGGCCUCCAUGAUGGCGUCGCGCCACAGGAGCGGAGGCGUGAGAGCGGUGUAGAAGCCACUUUCUGUUCUGACAGCCACUUUAACAGGAACUUAGCCAUGUCCCCUGACCUCUGUCCCCUGACCUCUGACCCUGCGUGCUGCUUCUGCUCGGGCCACUCCGCUCUUUUAUGCAGAACUCAUUUUGACGUCUGAGCGUGCUCGGACCUGCCCACCUUUAUGUUGCCUCUGACCGGACACGAGCGUCGACCUGCAACAGCUGAGCGUCGCCGUGGUCACACGGGGCGCUUCGAGUUUUCUCCCGCCGAGGCUCGUCAGGAGGACACGCCCCUCAGCUGGAGAACUGCCGUGGCUGCACGAAGACUGUACAUAAAGAAUGGACACACCCGCCUCGGCGCUGUGAGUCAACGCGUCCCGUGUCAUCACACGAUCCGCUCGCUCUUCGCUGCUUCUCUGUGUGAGCGUCAGCUGAUCUGAAGGCGGAGCAUCAACGGUGCCUUCGAUCAGCUGAUGUCUGUCUGUUACGUCCACAUUCCCGCCGCCUGCAGAUCAUCAGCUGACCUUAGAACCCGAAGUGAUGCUUUUCAAAGAGGAGGAGGAGCACGAGCCUUCCUCCUCCUCCUCCUGUGUUUUUAUGAACUCGAGUAUAAAGUUUUUAUUUUUGUAAAUAACUCAGAUAUAAAAAUCAUAUUUAAGAGGAAAACGUUUAGCUCGCCACCGCCGUUGUGAGAUCAGCCGCACGUCCGUCUGACUGCUUGAAUGUCAGAAGCUCGUGUUCGAUGCCUUCGUCGCGAUGCGCUCGCCCAGGACGGCGAGGUCCCAGCAGAGUCCAGGCCCCGCCUUAAAACAAAUGUAAGAGCGCGUUAUCAACACAUGUGAUUCUGGCCAAUCAGAGCCUGACAGGAAGCUGCACGACUACAAAUUAUUUCUCAUGUUUUAAACAGAUUUUAUUUUAUUCUGAAAAUGUUUGAAUGAAUUUAAAUUUACGGAAGUUUCACGAGGAGCAAAAAAUAAAUAAAAUCAGGCAAAAUAUAAAAGUCGUACAUUUACGAGGAAAAUGAUUUUUAAAUGUUUCCUCGUUUGCUGCUUUAAUCUGAAAAUUCAACAUCAUAACCAAAAUAAACAAAUAGUUUAUUGAUAGCAGCCUGAUGACGUUUAUUAGAAAAAAUUAUUUAUAAUCCUGAAAGGAUUCAACUUUCUCUGAAUUUACAAAAUAAAUGUUUUUUAUAUUUAAAGAUAAAAUAUUCUAUCAUGGCCCUGACGGGCUGCCGUAGGAACCACACCAAACGAUUAAAACAUAAUCCCAAAAUCCUUCCUGUUCCAGCCUGGAAGGUUUUGGGAAACCUUGAAUCCAAAGCAAGAGUGUUGGGGGAGGAGCUUCAGAGCAGCCUCGCUGGUUUUCAGGAGGAGGUCGGGAGGCGACGAAGGUGAGGAAGAGCAGUGGGACUGGAGGUUCAGGUGUAACUGCUGCCCCCUGCAGGUCGCUCACAAGAUAAAGGUCACAGUCGAGGACAGAAAAUCGAAAUAAAGCUGAUCUCUGAGGACCUGCAGACAAGCUCCUCCCACCUUGAGUCGGCCGUCAGGAGCAGCAGCCGCUCCAGUCAUUGAUCGAUUGACUUCCUCGUUCAGUCUCAGUGACCCGAGACGAGAGGUCAGCUUCAUCUUCAGCGUUCGCUCCGUCGAUCGAUACCCGAUCAGCUCAUUGAUCUCCUGUGAUCACAGCCUGAUCUGAUCAAUAUGUUCACAUUAACAGGCUGCCGUAGAGCAGCCAAUAAAAAUGCACCGCACUUCACGUCAUCACAGGCGUCAGCCAAUCAGGUCACGUCAUGAAAAACCCGAGAAGUCAAAGUGCUGCACACGAGUCUGGACGUGUGAUCUUUGCACCUCCUCCUGGAGGAGGCGAGGCGGCGCCUUCGGACCGCGGCGGCGUCUGUGUCAGAACCACUUCAGGUACACAAAGAUUAAAAAGCUCGAAUAUUUUCUGAGAUUAAAAUCGUAAUUUUAUUAAAAUGCUUUUUUCUACUUUUUGAAUCUGAGAGAAUAUUACAAAUAUAAUUGGACACGUUUCACAGGUUUGUUUCUUAAACGUUUCUUCUUCUAGUUUUCCUGUAAUGACCCUAACAGGCCGCCGUAACAAAUCAUUUAAAAACGUAUAAAUGACUGAUUUUGGCAGAGCCAUAAUUUUGAAAAGCAUUUCCUGUUCCAGGCUGAAAAGUUCUGGAUAAUCGGACCUCCAGUCUCACUACAAACGCUAAGGCCUUAUUGGUCAGCUUUUGGAAGCCUGCAGAAGGGCAGCACCUGCAGGCUGGGAGCAGAUGACCAUAUAAGGACGUUUGUGCCGAGGUGACGUCAGCCAUCACAGACGCAGGAAAAAAAAGUUUUAAAGAAAAGCUCAGAGGUGACUUUAGUGUUUAUAGAUGAAGCUUUGAUCAUGUGACAUGUUAAUGUUAUGCCACAAAAAGUCAAUCCUCCAUCCUUCCUUCCUUCCUUUUUUCCUUUCCUUCGCCCGUGUCACCGUUUGCACCAUGAAUACGAAUAAAAAUAUUAAAUAUUUUAUUAAAAGUUUCUUUGGUGGAAUCGGCGACGUGUUCAGCAGCAGCGUUUCUUUUUUUUCCCCUUCUGUUAGAAUAAAACCCAAACGCGUUCGAUCAAACGGACGGAGAAGCUUCGUGCGGCGAUCCCGGAACAAAAUCGUGUUUUACUUCCUGUUUAAUGUUUUGUUUUGUUUUUUCCUUUCAUACGACGUUCAGUAGGUCAAAAAGUUCAAAACUGAGGAAGAAAUCCCAGAAUUCACCUCUCUGUGUGUGUGUGUGUGUGUGUGUGUGUGUGUGUGUUUCCUUGUUAUGCAAUAAAUGUGUAGUUAACCUGCAGUUUCAGUCUCUGCCAGUAGAGGGCGCUGCUGACCUGUGUGUGGAUUAGGGAUCAGUUAAAGGCCAUAUUUCAUAUUUUUUCAUAUUUUUUAUUGAUAUAUGAUAUUAAUUUCUCUCAUUGAUGUUCAGUUUUUUUUCAUAUUUUUUAGACUCCAGAGUUUAAAAAACUAAAAAACAAAAACAGCUGAGCGCUCUGCGUCUGUCGCUUCAUAUUUGAAUAAUAAAGUUUGUUUCUAUUGAGAUUUUUAUUGUCAUAACCAGGGAACGUUGAGUGUUGUACAUAUGAAAACGUUUUGAACCCAGAGGUGUUUUUAAAGCGCAGCGGCUGGAGGUUCACCGUGUUUUACAGAAAAUAAAGAAAUAAAGCUGAAACUGAAA